CCACGGAUACGGGAAGGGGUAUGAAACUUGGACCAAGUCGCGUAGAACCUCCCUAAUUAAUGGAAACUCAAUUCAAUUUCAAAGUUUACUAAACUUUAUCAGAGAUCAUUUCUAUCUUUUCUACUCUUUAUUGUUGUAACAUAAUUCCUAUCCAAGUGGUCAAUCUUCUAUGUCCUAAUUGAAGACAACCACUUGUUUAGUCAACCCGAUUAUAAUCCUCACAUAAACUCCAUAUGCAAGUGAACCUUGGUAGGUAACAUACCUACGCGAAACAGUCGUCUAUAUCGGGUUCGACUCAGCCUAUACCCUCGCUCUAUCCUCCCCUUUCUCCCACGGCGGACUAUCAUAUAAAAUGGGAGACUCUCAAACCCCAGCGAAAAAGACACCCUCGAUGUCUAGAAAAGCCAGCUCGCUUUCCUCUUCCGCCGCCACCGGAAAGCAGCAGAAGACUAUCCUCGGGUUUUUCGCCAAAGCAUCUCCUGCUCUAAAUUCCUCUCCUACUCCUUCCUCCUCUUGCUUGAAGGAAACCACAAAAUCCAAUAGGAAACCCUCCACCGUUACUCCCGUGCCCAGUAGCGACGCCUUAGAGCCUUCGAGUUCGCAAGAAAACCAUGGCUCCGCCGCCACGAUAAAGCAGUCCCUUGCUACCCGGAACUUCAUGGAUAGCAGUCCGAGUCGCAAGACGAAAAAGACAGUCAACUAUGCGGAAUCUUCUGACGAAGACGAGGACGUCUUUGUAGCGAUGAAGGCAUCCCAGACUCGACGUCGUGGUCGCCAACAGCCGAGGGUAGUAGAUGACGAAGACGAUUACGAAGAAAUUAAGGACGUCGCUAUAGACGAUGAAGACGACGAGAUGGCCGAUUUUGUAGUUUCUGACGAGUCCGAUGCUGCGUCCAGAAAGCGAAAACGCCCUUCCAAACCUCAACCUGCUCGAAAACGGCCCCAAGCUUCUCCCCAACCCCCUCGACGAGGCGAUAAUGACGACAUGACGGACGAGCCCGACGAUGACGAAGUUAUGGACGAGAUGCCUUCGACAUCUACUGCGCAACAGUGGCGAUAUGACCCAGAUAAUAUCGAGCCAGCAAAGCCAAGGGUGGCGGCUCAACAAUCUACCCCCAAGACUCCGGCAGGCAAGCAAAAGGCGCACACCCGUGAGCCCGAAGAGCGUUACCCUUGGCUUGCUAACAUCAACGAUAUCAACCGAAAUCCCCCUAAUCAUCCCGACUUCGACCCCUCGACCGUAUACGUUCCCCCCCUGGCGUGGAAGAAUUUCUCGGCCUUUGAGAAGCAGUAUUGGGAGAUCAAGCAGAAGCUGUGGGAUACAGUGGUCUUCUUCAAAAAGGGAAAAUUCUACGAGCUGUACGAGAACGACGCCACUAUCGGUCACCAGCUCUUUGACCUCAAGCUCACCGAUCGCGUCAACAUGCGGAUGGUUGGCGUCCCUGAGAGUUCACUCGACAUGUGGGUGAACCAGUUUAUCGCCAAGGGCUACAAGGUUGCGCGCGUCGACCAGAUGGAAACCGCGCUAGGCAAGGAGAUGCGGGAGAGGGUAGACGUCAAGGCCAAGAAGCAAGACAAGAUCAUCCGGCGAGAGCUAGCUUGCAUUUUAACGGGUGGCACAUUGGUAGACGGCAGUAUGCUCCAGGAUGACAUGGCGACUUACUGUGUAGCGAUCAAGGAAUCCGUAGUCGACGGGCAUCCGGCGUUCGGUGUCGCUUUCGUGGACGCAGCUACGGGCCAAUUUUUCGUCUCCGAGUUUGAGGACGAUGUCGAUCUGACUAAAUUCGAGACGCUUGUUGCCCAGACGAAUCCCCGAGAGUUACUCCUUGAGAAGUCUCGAAUCUCGACGAAAGCCUUGCGCAUCCUCAAAAACAACACCUCUCCGACCACGAUAUGGAAUUAUUUCAAGCCUGGUAGCGAGUUCUGGGAGGCCGAUCUUACACGGAGAGAACUUGACUGCAAUGAAUAUUUCGCUGAGGUAGACGGCGCAGGGGCAGAUGAGCGCUGGCCUGGUGUCUUAGCCGAAGCGAAAGAUAAAGACCUCCUAAUGUCUGCUCUCGGCGCUCUUGUUCAGUACCUCAGAGUGCUUAAGAUUGAGAGAAAUCUGUUAUCUCAGGGCAACUUCACUUGGUACAACCCUAUCCACAAAAACGGCACAUUGAUUCUUGAUGGUCAGACCCUCAUCAAUCUCGAGAUCUUCGCCAAUUCCGUCAAUGGGGGAGCGGAUGGCACACUGUUCACCCUUCUCAACCGCUGCGUCACGCCCUUCGGCAAGCGACUCUUUCGUCAGUGGGUCUGCCAUCCCCUGUGCAACAUCCAAAAGAUCAAUGAGCGCUUAGAUGCUGUCGACCUACUCAAUGCGGAUCCAACCGCGCGAGAGCAAUUAUCUUCACAAUUAACGAAGAUGCCUGAUCUAGAGCGCCUUAUUUCGCGUAUACACGCUGGGGCAUGUCGGCCCGAAGAUUUCGUGAAGGUUCUUGAGGGUUUCGAGCAGAUUCAGUACACUAUGAGUCUUACCGGUAAUUUCGGCGGCGGGGAAGGGCUCGUCGGCCGUCUCGUCUCCUCCAUGCCAAACCUUGACGAACCGCUCUCGUACUGGAAAUCCGCUUUUGAUCGCAGAAAGGCCCGAGAAGAAAAAAUACUGGUCCCUGAGCGUGGUAUUGAGGAGGAUUUCGACAACAGCCACGACAAGAUUGUGGAGAUCAAAGACGAUCUUCAAAACCUACUCAACAAGAAGAAAGCCGAGCUCAAGAAUAAAUCUCUGAAGUUUACGGAUGUCGGAAAAGAAGUUUACCAAAUUGAGGCGCCUAAGUCGGUCAAGGUUCCCAAGGAUUGGCAGCAGAUGUCAGCCACCUCGAGUGUCAAGCGCUAUUACUUUAAGGAGCUGACAGAUCUGGUGCGACAGCUACAAGAAGCCGAGGAGACGCAUUCGCAACUCGUCCGUGAGGUCGCAUUGCGUCUCUUCCAACGGUUUGACGUCGACUACGAUACCUGGUUGCAGGCUAUUCGCAUCACGUCGCAACUCGAUUGCCUGCUUAGUCUCGCCAAGGCGUCUUCGUCACUAGGUGAACCAAGCUGUCGACCCAUUUUUGUGGACGAAGAGCGCAGCGUCGUCGAGUUCGAGGAGCUUCGACAUCCUUGCAUGCUCAACGCUGUGGAUGACUUCAUCCCCAAUGAUAUCGUACUAGGCGGCGAUUCGGCCAAGAUUAACCUCUUGACGGGUGCGAAUGCCGCCGGAAAAUCCACAAUCCUUAGGAUGUCGUGCAUCGCCGUUAUUAUGGCACAAAUUGGCUGUUACGUACCAGCAACUUUAGCCAAGCUAACCCCUUGUGAUCGAAUCAUGUCGCGGCUCGGCGCGAACGACAAUAUAUUCGCAGCGCAGUCAACAUUCUUCGUUGAAUUAUCCGAGACAAAGAAGAUAUUAUCCGAGGCCACGCCUCGCUCCCUCGUCAUUCUCGACGAGCUAGGUCGUGGUACAUCUAGUUAUGACGGUGUAGCUGUGGCUCAGGCCGUUUUGCAUCACGUUGCCACGCAUAUAGGAUGCGUCGGCUUCUUUGCCACGCAUUACCAUUCCCUUGCGACUGAAUUCGAGAACCAUCCUGAAAUCAGGGCAAAGCGCAUGCAAAUUCAUGUCGACGAUAAGCAGCGACGAGUCACAUUUUUGUACAAGCUGGAGGACGGCGUGGCCGAGGGAAGUUUCGGUAUGCACUGCGCAGCUAUGUGUGGUAUAUCUAAUCGCGUCAUCGAGAGGGCCGAGGUAGCUGCCAAAGAAUGGGAACACACUAGCAGGCUAAAGGAGAGCCUAGAGCGCGCGAGGGAGGGCUGUUAUAUCCCUCUGGGUAUACUAAGUGAUAUCUCCGCCCUGCUUGACGAGGAGAAAGGAAAGGAUGUACCUAUGCGAAGUCUGGAUGUACUUUCGCGAGCCAUCGAAGCUCUUUAGAGUCAUGAGCAAAAAUGUCUAUUUUAAAACAUUGGUUCAUUUAGUGUAUCAUGGCUUUUGUCCGCGGACCAAAGUUAAUUCUGUACGGAUCUAUGUAUUAUUCGCUACACAUGUAUGGAGUCGGGGGAUUACUAG